CCUAAUACAAAACUCCAUCCUUGAAUCUUGAUUCACCCUCUUCUUCGAUUCUCAGGCUCUCAGCUUGUUAAAAAUGGCGGCCAUCGCUCCAUCCUCUUCCUCCUUUUCAAAUCCCUCUCCUCUCCCUUCUUCAACAAAUUCCCAAAACAACACUUCCAGAUUUACCCGCCCCUUUUCCCCUUUUCCCCAGAAGCCCACUCUCUACCGCCCUCUCCACAUCUCCAAUUCUCUCUCUCCCAAACCCAAAGCAACGAGCACCGGCAGCAUCACCACCACCCCUAUUACCACCACUUCAGACCCACAAACUUUCAUUUCCCGAUAUGCCCCUGAUGAGCCAAGAAAGGGCGCGGAUGUCCUGGUGGAGGCCCUCGAACGCCAAGGCGUCACCGACGUAUUCGCCUACCCUGGAGGCGCAUCCAUGGAGAUCCACCAGGCCCUCACGCGCUCCUCCACCAUCCGCAACGUCCUCCCUCGCCACGAGCAAGGUGGCGUCUUCGCUGCCGAGGGCUACGCGCGCGCCUCCGGCCUCCCCGGUGUCUGUAUUGCUACCUCUGGCCCUGGUGCCACCAACUUGGUCAGUGGCCUCGCCGACGCACUCCUCGACAGCGUCCCCGUGGUUGCUAUCACUGGACAGGUCCCCCGCCGCAUGAUCGGCACCGACGCUUUUCAAGAGACACCCAUCGUUGAGGUAACCCGAUCCAUCACCAAACACAAUUACCUUGUUCUUGAUGUAGAGGAAAUUCCUAGAAUUGUUCGUGAGGCUUUUUUCUUGGCCACCUCAGGCCGACCAGGCCCAGUUUUGAUAGACAUACCCAAAGAUAUACAGCAACAGCUUCUAGUUCCCAAUUGGAACCAACCCAUGAGUCUACCCGGCUACAUGUCUAGGUUGCCCAAGUCCCCCGCUGAGUCCCAUUUGGACCAGAUUGUGAGGUUGGUAUCUGAGUCGAAGAAGCCGGUUUUGUAUGUUGGUGGAGGGUGUUUGAACUCGAGCGACCAGUUGAGGCGAUUUGUGGAGCUUACCGGGAUCCCCGUUGCGAGUACUUUGAUGGGUCUCGGGGCGUACCCGUGCUCUGACGAAUUGUCCCUCCAAAUGCUUGGGAUGCAUGGGACUGUGUGUGCUAAUUAUGCUGUGGAUAAGUCUGACUUGUUGCUUGCUUUUGGGGUGAGGUUCGAUGACCGUGUCACAGGGAAGCUCGAAGCAUUUGCUAGCCGCGCUAAGAUUGUUCACAUUGAUAUUGAUUCAGCAGAGAUCGGAAAGAAUAAGCAGCCUCAUGUGUCAGUUUGUGCAGAUGUGAAGUUGGCAUUGGCAGGGAUAAAUCGAAUAUUGGAAGGCAAAGGAAGCAAGCUUAAACUAGAUUUCUCAGCUUGGAGGGAGGAGCUGAAAGAGCAGAAGGUGAAGUUUCCAUUGAAUUAUAAGACUUUUGGGGAAGCCAUUCCUCCUCAGUAUGCGAUUCAGGUCCUUGACGAAUUAACGGAUGGGAAUGCAAUUAUAAGCACUGGAGUUGGGCAGCAUCAAAUGUGGGCAGCUCAAUUUUACAAAUACAGGAGGCCUCGCCAGUGGUUGACGUCAGGGGGAUUAGGGGCUAUGGGUUUUGGAUUGCCUGCUGCUAUCGGGGCUGCUGUUGCAAAUCCAGAUGCAAUUGUUGUUGACAUUGAUGGCGAUGGGAGUUUCAUGAUGAAUGUCCAAGAAUUGGCAACUGUCAGGGUAGAGAAUCUUCCCGUUAAGAUAAUGCUGUUGAAUAAUCAGCAUUUGGGUAUGGUUGUUCAGUGGGAGGAUCGCUUUUAUAAGGCGAACAGGGCUCACACUUACUUAGGGAACCCAUCAAACGAGUCUGAGAUAUUCCCUAAUAUGCUCAAGUUUGCAGCAGCUUGUGGGAUACCAGCUGCGCGUGUGACGAAGAAGGAGCAUCUGAAGGAAGCAAUUCAGAAAAUGUUGGACACUCCUGGUCCAUACUUGUUGGAUGUAAUAGUGCCCCAUCAAGAGCAUGUCUUACCUAUGAUUCCUAGCGGUGGUGCUUUCAAAGAUGUGAUAACUGAAGGUGAUGGAAGAUCGUCUUAUUGAUUUCCUGGCCACCAUCCUUCGUAUCUACAAUUUUGAGAUGUGCUUUAAGUGUUUAGUUUAUCUAAUUGUGUAAAAUAAACUUAUCGUUUCUAUGCAAAAAAAGUUAUGUAGAUGCUAUCUCCUACUUCACUUAUUUGUUUAUGUAUUAAAUGUAUAUUGUAUAAGAGAUCAAUCCCCAGCUUCCUAAAGAAAA